UUGUACUCCCAUACGUACAGCCUUGUGCCCCCAUACGUACAGUCAGACUCUGAACAAAGGUUAAUUUGCCCCCCCCCCCCCCCCGCGGCUCUUAGAAGUUCCGUGGUUUUGUUUGCGGCUCUUUGGCCAGGCCAGCCUGGCCACCCCUGACAUAGAUAAUACGAGACCGACUGCAGACAUGGGCAGAGGGAGUCCUGGGGGAGCUACAGAACGGUUUCCGGUGGGGGAGACGCCUUGAGGACAAUUUAUUCGUGCUGACGCAGGCCAUAGAGAUCGCGCAGAGAGAGAGGCGUCAACUUUACCUCUGUUUCCUCAACAUCAGCCGGGCCUACGACUCGGUCAACCAUGAGAAGCUGUGGAGGCAGCUAGCAAAGCGGGAGCUCGGAGAGGAGUGGAUCACCCUGCUGAAGGAAAUUUACAAGGAGACGACUCUGGUGGCACAGUGGCAAGAAGAGAUGACUCAUCCAGUAGCCAUCACCAAGGGUCUGAGACAGGGAUGCCCACUGUCGCCACUGCUGUUUAUGCUCUACAUAGCAGGCUUCGGAAACAGACUGCAGGACUGCGCCGAGGGCUUCACCCUGGAAUAUACGGAGACGGGAACCAGUGGGGGAGGAAAAAUCCCUAAGCUAAUCUAUGCCGACAAUAUCGUCCUGAUGGCACACUCCCUGGAGGGCCUGCAGGCCCUUAUGAAUGAGUGCAACACAAUGGGGACGGCACUGGGGCUGAGUUUCAGUGCUAAGAAGUCGGUAUUGAUGGGCUUUGGGGACAGAGGAGACACCGAGGCAGAUGACCUGAAAAUUUAGGGGGAACAAGUACCGUGGGUAUCACAAUACAAGUACUUGGGAAUUCACAUUCAGGAGGGUCACAACUACCUCGAAGACCAUGAGACCAGGCUCCAGGCUAAGAGCAGGAAGUCCAAGGGGAUAUUGACUGCCAGAGCCCUCUGGAGUUACAACCGCUUCGAGAACUCCCGGGAAAUGUGGAAGAUGGUGGCAGUGCGGGCCUCACUUUUGGAAACGGAGUCCUGUGUCUCGUCCCGCACGCGCGAGUGCCUAAAGGUGCGCCAGAGAGAAGUGGGACGGGCGGCACUGGGAGCCAGCCGAGGAACACCUAACGAUCGAGGCAGUGCAGGGGGACAUGGGGUGGUCCAGCUUCGAUGCCUGAGAGGCUCGGUCCAAGCUGGGCUUCGAACGACGCCUCUGCCAAAUGCAGGAAGGGCGGUGGGCAAGACAGACUUUCAAGUACAUCCACCUCAAGGGCCUCUCGACUAGGUGGGUGCGACGAACACGCCAGCUGGCCCCUCCGGUAUGGCAUAAACAGCCCUCUCCUUCACCUGACUCCAGAACAACAACUGGAAAACAUCCGCACGAGACUCGCCGAGACUGAACAGGGCAAGUGCCGGCGGGACACAAGCCGGCACUUGCCCUGUACACCAGAGAAAAACAGGAAGUCAGAAAGGUGGAAUUCCUGGCAGCGGACUUCUGUUCGAUGCCCGAGGAGGCAUGUUGCGAACGCGGGUGCUUCGAGCCAAGUACACCGACACAGACGUGCGAUGCACCCUGCGCACACAGGGGGCUGAGGAAACGCUGCAGCACGUCAUCCUGGAGUGCGCGGGCCUGCAGCCGGAGGUCUUCCGGGAGAUCGACGAGGAGGGCAACGACGGCGCCACUGUGGGCAGGGGUCCGCGGCCCAUACCACGCUGCCCGAGUGCGGUUUACCCAGUUUACCCCCGUUGCCCCCGUGCCCCCGUUACAAAGGGGUUAGCCGUAUUUCUAAAUCCAAAGCCAAAGUCAAGCCACUGGCUAAACCCGGAUAAUUCUUUUCCCGCGUAAAGUUCGUAUUCGCGAUGUUCGCAUCGUUUCUUCGUUAUUUCACCAGUUUCUUUUGCAGCUUUGUUUUUCCAUUCAAGUCGGAAGCGGCAGAUGACUCGGUACGUGAUCAAACUCGUCAGGAUUUGGGACGCAGAUGGGAACGACACUUCACAGCUUUGGAAAGGUGGCCUGUCACAGGCCGAAUCCCCCUUCGGUGGUGCAACGCCUUUGUGCUAUAUUAUGUCUUUACACGAAUGCGACAGAGCCAGAUCAAAUGAGCCGCAGAUGCAUAAAACACUGGUGACUACUUAUGACCGGCGGCGCAGCGGCCAGUCGUCAGCAGUCACAACAUGGUUCACAAGCCCCUCCGGUCGCAAGCAGUCACAAUGUCAUCUCUCGGCGGCCACGGGUACCAUCAGAAGCUUGGCUCCAUCUUUAAGGCUUCACCGUCCCCGACGCCUGUUGCAGCGCGAACAGCUCUCCCCGGCAUUCAACUCCGAAUGGCAGAGAACGGACUGCGAGGACAAGGGGGCGGAGCUCUCUUUCCAAGGAGCCGAAUUGCAGAGGCAACCAUUGAAGAUGGACCAGGAGGGGAGGACAGACGGCGGUGCGACUUCUCCGCCCAAUGUUAUGGUGCCCACAGAACUAACAACACCAGACUGCUUCGGAGCAUGCUAUGGCGACAAAGUGGAUACCUUUGUUCGUGACAGCCGCAGAGGUGGCACCUCUCCCCAGACCAAUUCGGGCCCACACAAGCAGCAGACGCACCGACAACCGAACAAGCACCGGUGCCGCUUCUGUCCUUACUCAUGCCUUUCCGGAGCGGCUGUCGCCAUUCACGAAAGGACUCACACUGGCGAGAGGCCCUUCAGUUGUGGUGUCUGCGAGAAAACAUUCGCGCAGAAGCCUCACUUGACGUCUCACGUUAGAAUUCACACCGGAGAAAAGCCGUUCAAGUGCAGCACGUGCAGCAGGGCGUUUACUCAGAAAUCCGCCUUGACGAGUCAUGUGAGGACUCACACCGGAGAGAAGCCAUACAGGUGCAACACGUGCAGCAGGACGUUUACUAACAAAGGCAGUUUGGUGAAUCAUGAGAGGACUCGCACAGGAGAGAAGCCGUUCAAGUGCAAGACGUGCGGUAGAGCGUUUGCGGCUUAUAGCAAUUUACUUAAUCAUCGGAAAAUACAUUGCAAGUGAUCGAAACCCUUACAUGCAUCAUAGUUGUGGAUAGGGUUCAAACGAAAUACUCGAGCACCGACGUGUGUUCAUUUGGCUUGGCGAUAGGCCUGCAAGGGUUCUACUUGCGAGCAGUGUGUGUUUCGCAUGCUUCAUAAUCUCUCAGCCUCUUAUUUAUCGUGUUAACACAGAUAAAAAAAAGUGAAUUUACCUUAAACGAAGCGAACAUAGUUUUUUUUUUUUUUUGUGCACGAUAGAAAAAGAAAAUACUUGAAGCCAAGUCUUUUUUUAUUCAUUUAGAGUCAUUAAUCACGUGCUGCUCCUGGAGUCUCUCGGUUGUCUGUAGGGUCACUUAUGUUGCUUACAAGUCGGCCUACUCAUGACCAUAAAUAGACAAACUUAUAAAAUAAUUAAGGUCUUUCAAUAGCAACAACCUUGAAUAUUGCAAAUGUUAAGAAGGUAUUCGAAACUAUUUAACACACUUAGCUGGAAACUAAUGCUUUGCUCAUAGGACUGCAACAGAAUAUACAUGACUCGAAGAUUUAGAAAUGCAGUGUAAUUUCCUAUCUCAUUUCGUUAUAUUCUUCGUCCUUUUUCUUUUUGACCGAUUUGAGUAUCUGAAUUCUGAUGACAUCAUUCAACGUGCUUGCUACAUGUAAUACUCGUAUGUAUGUCUUCCUUUUGCAUGAUUUUAUUCUUUUUUGCACAUUCACGAAGACGGUUCUGAUCAUUGAGGAUAUUCAUACUUUAAGUGCUAUUCAUUUGGUGUUCAUAAACAUUUUGUUUCACCUUAGGUACGAGCGCAGACAAUGUUAUGAGCCAGAGGACCAAUAAAACAGCGCAAAAAGCGCAACGCCAUGGCGUGCUCUCUGUGCUUGAUAGGACUAGCCGGUGGAGGAGCACGCACAGAGAGAUGGCGACAGAGAACUCGUUAUAGCUUUGUGUCUCUUUUGCUGUUUGAUUGGCCCUUCGGCUCAUAACAUCGGCCGCGCUCAGACCUAAGCUGAAACAAAGUACGGUUUCACUUGAAUUCGUCAAGCUUUUAAACAUUUGAAAUUCCUCUUGUAGUGAACGAAUCAUAUACAUUUGUUGUACUAAAGGUAUAAUUGACCUCAUUGUGUAUUCAUCUAUCUAAAAACUGUAUAGGCAUAAUCCAUCUAAAUAUGUCUUAAUCUGCAGUGACUGUACAGUGGUUUUCACUAUUGCCAUAAGCAGCAAAAUUGAUGGAAUUGGAGUCCUGUUCCCAAGCGUAUAAAACAUUUGUUUUGACAUAUACAGGGUGUGUCCGAAAACGGGCAAAAUCGCUACUGCAAAAAUGACGCAUCGCACAAAAAAGAAGUCUGUUGCCAUAGUGGUGUGUGUCCAAGGAAAGUUGCUAGAGCUCAAUAUAAUGGGAUAUUUAAUAAAUUCCGAGUACUUAAAUUGUUAAAUAUUAUUCUUAAAGGAUGGUUUCAAAGAUAAUAUUGUUCGGCAUCAUUGAGAACGACUAAAUGCACCCAUGUUAUAAUGGCAUGAGGCGCAUGCGCAGCAUUUUACGGCGUUCUGAAAAAAUGCCUUAUUUGGACACGUAUCUGGCUCUCAAUUUCUUAUCGGAGAGCAUCUCCGUGUGGUCAAUCUCGCCUUCUGAUUGCCCGCGUAGAGAUGCACUCCGAUAAGAAGCUGAAAACAAGACAGGCGUCAAAAUUGAGUAUUUCUUCAGAACGCCGUAAAAUGCUGCGCGUGCCUCAUACCUGUAGCAUGGCUGUUUUAUCAUAGUUUUUGAUGAUGCUCAGCAAGAUUCUAUUUGAAACCAUGCCUUUAAUAUCAAUAAUUAGCAAUUCAUUUAUUAAAUAAAUCACUCACCUAAUUUUAUUGAAGGCUAAAAGUUUUAAUGGCAGGUGCAAAGGGCCUAGACUGGCAGGGUGGUGGAAACUACGAGCCCGUUGGACCAGUUUUACGUUGAUCUUUCGAAGCAUGCCCGUGCUCCCAGCUAUAUCCAUGCAGAAGGCAUAAUCAGCAAUGAAAGGGAGGCGGUUGUCCGGUCCAGCAAGUAUGUACAGUAGUUCCCGCCGCACUGUCAGCUUCAAGGGGCCGUGCAAAGAUAUUGGGUAUUGGGCUUUCUGGCACCUGUGGGACCCAAGCACUGUUGUGCCUGUUAUAGAAAACACGUAGCAAAAUACCGUCACUCUUUAGAUCGUCAAAACUUAACGAGUUCUGAGAUUCGUUACCAUCCUAAGAACGUAACAAUAUACCAAUGCGGUUACUUUCAAAAGAGAACGGACGUUACUUUUGCGCCAAUUUGAAUAUCAUUCAUAUUCGACAGUAAAAGGCCGAGGAUAUGAAUUUAGACAACAGUUCAACUUCUACGGAGUCAUUUUUUUGUGUGUUAUUAGUUUAUAAGAUUUGUUGCAUAUGUUUAUUAUUUUGAAAACUGGCUUGAUCGACUGUUCUCUUUUUUAUUUUCUCUUUCUUUCGCAAAUAAUUUAGUAAUUUUUUGCACGACCAUGAGGGCUCAGCAAUAAACUUCGGUUGAAUAAAACGCUGGUUUGAACAAAGAGGUAACCACGUGUCGCCAAACUUUUUCCCCAUUUGAAGGGAUACACUCUUGGGAGUAUUUAUAGGUACUCCCAUGAAAAUGGGGUACUAUGCAUUAUAUUACAGUAUACCCUUUUUUCUUGGGAAUGUUGUAAAGGCUCUCCGAUUUAACUCUUUUAAAAAGUCGGCGAACCAGCGCACUCAGUUGGGCACGCGCACAGUGGAGAUUGCGAACAGCUUCGCUGAUUCUUUCAUAAGUUUGUUCUGAAAGCACUUAAAACCCGGUUUCAAGCGCAUUUAAAGCAGGGAUAUUAAAGGUGUGUCACGAAGCGGUCCGGACAUAAAUAAAUUGAUAAAAAAUUACUGACAAGGGCAAUAUAACUAGGGUUAUCUGGUGGAGAAAUUUUAGGACCGAGUGUACUGUAAUGAAUAGUAAAUUAGGCAACGCUCUUAUGGGCGAAAAGAAGGAUAAUUCUAUUUGUGAUAAAACGAAGCCGCGUUGUAGGCAACAUAAAUUACUAAUGACAACAGUAGGCUAACGACACAUUCCGAAUGUGAUUAAAGCGUGCAAACCGGGCUUAGCGACAGUUAGUAAAAAAAAGAAAGAAAAUGGAACACUGACAAUGACCUAUCGACCCUAAUCGUAAACGUUCGUCACGAACGCAACUGCAGAAGAUAGUUAUUCCUUCAAAUUUGCCCCAAAGAAAAAAAGAACAUCUUAUUUUUUAGACUGCCAGGUCUUUAUACCAGGACUGGGGGUAGGCGACUGGGAGGUCUGCAGGGUGCCAUUAAAAGGGUUGCGCUGCUACACCCCCAUUUGAAAUUUUUUUUUUUAGCUUACUAAUUUAUUUGAACACGGCGGUUUUCGUCAGAAAAAAAUAAAGCUUGUGUUGGAACACUA